AUGGUUCUGAUGCAGGUGUUAUUUUCUGUAAAACACAGCCAAGCAGUGAGCUGUGAGCCUGUGUACAAGACCCCUGGGUACAAGACCCCUGGGUACAACACCACUGGGUACAACACCACUGGGUACAAGACCCCUGGGUACAAGACCCCUGGGUACAACACCCCUGGGUACAACACCACUGGGUACAACACCACUGGGUACAACACCACUGGGUACAACACCACUGGGUACAAGACCCCUGGGUACAAGACCCCUGGGUACAACAGCACUGGGUACAACACCACUGGGUACAACACCACUGGGUACAAGACCCCUGGGUACAAGACCACUGGGUACAAGACCCCUGGGUACAAGACCACUGGGUACAAGACCCCUGGGUACAAGACCACUGGGUACAAGACCCCUGGGUACAACACCACUGGGUACAAGACCCCUGGGUACAAGACCACUGGGUACAAGACCCCUGGGUAUAAGACCCCUGGGUACAAGACCCCUGGGUACAACACCACUGGGUACAACACCACUGGGUACAAGACCCCUGGGUACAAGACCCCUGGGUACAACACCACUGGGUACAACACCACUGGGUACAAGACCCCUGGGUACAAGACCACUGGGUACAACACCCCUGGGUACAAGACCCCUGGGUACAAAACCACUGGGUACAAGACCCCUGGGUACAAGACCACUGGGUACAAGACCCCUGGGUACAAGACCCCUGGGUACAAGACCACUGGGUACAAUACCACUGGGUACAAGACCACUGGGUACAAGACCCCUGGGUACAAGACCCCUGGGUACAACACCACUGGGUACAACACCACUGGGUACAAGACCCCUGGGUACAAGACCCCUGGGUACAAGACCACUGGGUACAAGACCCCUGGGUACAAGACCCCUGGGUACAAGACCACUGGGUACAAUACCACUGGGUACAAGACCACUGGGUACAAGACCCCUGGGUACAAGACCACUGGGUACAAGACCCCUGGGUACAAGACCACUGGGUACAACACCACUGGGUACAACACCCCUGGGUACAAUACCAAUGGGGGUGCAAGAUAA